AUGGCGACUCCGGCCAUUCCCCAUCUACUCGAUGCGCAGUACCAAUCCUUUGAUCUCACGGUGGCAGAAGCUGACGCGCUUGGCACCAAUGAGCAGCUGGUUCAGUGGAAGAAUUCAGACAGGACUGGACGACAGAAAAUGGAAGUGAACGCUGCCGAGGCACUCCUGGGCGCACGGGGAGUCGACCCUGCCACCCCAUACAUCGGGGGGUUUAAAGUGAAACAAUUCUUUUCGAACCGCACUGCGGACCGCACUGAGGGUUCUCCGGCGUGGUCGUCCCUGCGAGCAUCCACCGCAUACCAACUCUUUGCCAAAGAACACAGCGAGGAGAUCAAGGCCGCUAUGGUGGGAUCUGGUCCUGGCGCCUGGCAGACAGCUGCAGGAGACCUCUGGGUGGAGCACGAAGAAGAGCAGGAAGACAAAAAGAAAAAGCACCUGCGGACUUCUGUGGACGAGUUCGUGCAGCAUGCGUGGAGGUCAUUUGGUGCAGCAGUGUUUGUCGUCACGGCCCGACCGGGAGAUAUCCCAAACAAGAUCAAGGCGCACAUUGUCGACACUACUCAGUUCAUCGAAGGCGCACCCCGACUCACAGAGCACGAGUCUUUCAACACGUCGACAAUGAACGCAAUCGCAGAGACCUUCCAGAAGAUUGUCUGCUUGGGUGAGGAGGGCGACCGCAAGAGAAGAAGAGUAGAGCGGUCAUUGGUUCGCUUCCAGUGGCUUCAAGGCCUCCCUCUCAUCUUCGUAGAGGAGAAUGGGAAGCAGCUCGGGGCCCCCCGAAUCGGUGAAGUAGUUCUCGAUUACAUCCGCAUUCACUUGAGCUUGGCCUCCGGAUGCGGUUACCUCCUCCCUGACGUGCCGUGGACCACCAUGGGUGCUUCGCUCUCAGAUUUCUUCCCUCAUCAGUGGGUCACCAAGGGGUUCGUCGACACCUUCAAGUGCGUUACUUCAAUGUCAGUCAAGGUCCUUCGCGAAUGGAUUCACCACGUGAUGGAGCUCGAAGGACCUGCGAUCCAGCAGGCUGUCGAGUCUGGUGAUUCGGACGCCCCACUACCCAAGACAAAGUUUGACGUGCCGGCAGGUCGAUUCCAUCUUCUUCGUGGCCGUAAACCCUCUGCUCGUGCUCGCACCUCUGUAUCCUAUGUUGCGCUCGACAUCAUGGAUGGCAACAUCGAAACUAGGCAGCCAGCUCGAGCAAACAAGCGGAGGCGCGCCACCGCCAAGGCGAAGAAGCCCCGACAACCGCCGAAGAGGACCACAUCCAAAAGGAAGGCCAAGGGCAAAGUCCGCGAGGGUGAAGCCGAUCCAGACGAAAUGGACCAGCUCGCGGACGAUGAAGAGGCUGAGGAAGAUGCCUGGAAGAACACUCUCGACACCGACGACGGCAGCGAAGACGACACCAGCUCUGACGACUGCAACUCUAUCUCCAACGCCACUGCUGAAGACGUCCCUGUGCAAGAGUCCAUCCCUGAGCAGGACUACGAGGGUGAUGAGUACAUUGAAAUUGACGAUUUUGUGGAAGCUCCUUCGGCGACGAUCACAAACUGCCCCCUCACCCCUACCCUGGAUCCUCUUGAACGCGCACCUAGCAACAGGGAGGCUCCGAUGGACGUCCGUGUCGGAGAUGAGUUUCGCUACCUGACCCAGCUCUGCUCGGAACCGCAGUGGCGUGACAUGCUCAAUAGAGUCAGUUCGGCGUUCUCCUCCAGAGCAAUUGUUCACCCGAGACGCCCCGUGGAGUGGGCAUACUGGCGCAACCGCACGGGUUAUGUCACUGGCCGGAUGUACCGGAAUCUGACCGCGUACGGCAAGGCUCUGAAGUGGAUCAAAGCACAGGCCGCCAUCCGCAACCACGACCAACAGUCCGUUCAACGCUUCUGCCUCGCAGUUCACGCAUUCCUCGGCUUUGGCGCCGAGAUCCUGGUACCUGACGGACAGUUCGCCCGUCGCAUCGAAGAGCUUAUGGAUGCAGCUCAGGCCUUCAUGCCGGACGGGUGGAGGGUUGAGCCCGUCAACCCGCUGGAGCGAGUGAAGGGCUCGAGCAGCCAGCGCGUGAAGACCGGCACACCGGCCAGCAAGCGCGACACGACCGGCGAUGGACUAGCGCCUGCGACCGGCGAUGGGCAGGCGCCCGCUACCGGCGAUGGAUUGGCGCCUGACAGCGCCACUGGCGACAAACACGGAGGAGCGGCCAAAUCGAUACCAGACCGGCUGCCCCUUCCUCUUCCGCCAGUUCGCAAGAGUGCAACGUCGAAGUCAAAGCUCAGCACAAAGCAUGCGCCGCUUCGCCGAAGUGGGCGUCCCAUCCAUCUCACCAAGGCAGCCGUUGCCGCGAAUCUUCGUCUUGCAAGCGCCGAUCACGACACUUGA